AUGUCCAACCUCGUCGCCAUCACGAGUCUCAUGAAGAUCUUCCGCAUUCCUGGUGCUUUUCCGAAAGACUCUACACACACCUACGACAUCCCCGGCAUUACCUCUGGCAAAGAAGUGCUUGACUGGUACCUUUCGUACGAUAUCUGCACUUACCUACAACGCCGCAUCUACACCGAAGAUUGA